AUGGAUUAUUCAAAUCAAGCAACAAGAACACAAUAUGACUUUAGUGAUAUUCAGACAGUCCUAGUAGCUCAGCUGCAAAAAUCAUGCCAACAGUCGCCUGAAUUAUUGUCGAAGGAAAUUUAUGUACUACCAGCUGUCAGUAGUAAUGUCGAAUACCAACUGGAACGGCAAUUACACGAAGAACGUGAUAUUCAUACGGGCAAACGUAUUCUUCUGAUUCCUUGCUGUAUGAAAGAUCUUCAUUGGGUUGGAGUUUUAAUCGAAUUUCAAGAAGCUGAUCAUAUUGUACGAGCUGAAUAUAUUGAUCCAGUAAGUGGAUCUCAUGUUAUUGAACAUUCAUUACAAAAACAACUUACUGAAGUUUAUCCAUCAGCUAUUUUUCAGCUAAAGGAUAGACUUAAGCAUGCUGAUCAAAAAUUCAGUUUCUCAUUAACUAUUAAAAACUUAUUAAAUGCAGUGCAAAAUUCACAUUUCGAUCAAUCAUCAAAAACUUCACGUAUAGAUCAAGGUUCUACAAUAUCCAUUGAAGGUAAUCAAAUGAAUUUGCAUGAACUUGAAAAAAGACUCAGUAGUGGAUUAGCUAAAUUCAAUAUAUCUGAUGAAAACAUAUUGUCCGAAAGAAUCGAACGAUCACAAAAUCGUAUUAAAGAAUAUCGAGAAACAGAAAGAAUGGAAGAUGCAGAAAAGGAGAUGAAUUAUUUAAAAGAAUACAAAAUAUUAGCAGAACUUGCUAAAAAAAUCAAACUUAUGAAAUCGAAUGUUUCUGAAUUAGAUACAGCAAAUUUAGAAAAACAGUUAGCUGAUAGUUUGGCCAAGCUGCGAAUUACAGAUAUAAAAGCUCUGCCUGAUAGAAUAGCAAGAUCAGAAAAACGAAUUGAAGAAUAUCGAGAAGAAGAAAGAUUAGAUGAAGUUGAAAAAGAAAUAGUAAUUUUAAAUGAAUGUAAGAAAUUACAAAAACUUGCUGGAGACAUACAUAAUCGUAAGUUGACAGGCCAUGAUAGUGAACAAAGUAGAUUGUUCAAGUUGAGUCAACUAGAACAAAAAUUAGCUGCUGGUUUAGCUAGUUUGAAAAUUGUCGAUCCUGCAAAAUUAUUAGAUAAGAUUGCAAGAUCCGAAGAACGAAUAAAAGUAUUCGAAAAUGAAGGAAGAAUUGAUGAUUUCGAAAAAGAAAAGAAAUAUUUAAAUGAAUAUGAAAUGUUACAGAAACUUAGUGAAGAAAUUCGUUCUUUGAAAUCGAAUGUUAUUGAACCGUCAGGAGUUGAUGAAUUAGAACAGAAACUAAAUGAUGGAUUAACAAAAUGUAAAAUUUCCAAUGUGAAAGAUUUAUCCAAAAAAAUUCGACGAUCCGAAGAACGAAUCAAAGAAUAUCAAGACGAAGGUCGUUCAGAAGAAGCAGAAAAUGAAAAUAAGUAUUUAACCGAAUUAAAUAAGCUUCAAAAAUUAGCAGAUGAAGUAGAUAAGCUUAAAAAAACAACAUCUAGUUCAUUUCAUAAUUUUGAAUUGAAACUCCGCGAAUUAGAAGAGAAAUUAGAAAGUGGUUUAUUAAAAUUCAAAAUAUCGAAUAUAUCAGUUUUAACACAAAAAAUUCAACGAUCAAAGGAACGAAUAAGUGAAUAUCAGGAAGACAAUCGAAUUGAUGAAGCAGAAAAAGAACAAGAAUAUUUAAGAAAUUUAGAAGAUUUAAGUAAAUUGGCUAAUGAAAUAAUGAAUUUGAAAUCAAAUUCAGAGAAACCAUCGACAAAUGUUUUACCAAAAUCGACUAAGAUUGCUUCAGAAGUUGUGGAUAAUUCUACUACAAGUAUAAAACAUGACGUUGAGAAAAAGAAAUCAGAUGAUGUUAACAUUUUUCAUCAAGAUUGGAUUGAUAUGCAUCCAUGUGCAGAAAAAACUGUUAUGCAACUUUUGGAACAUUUUCAGCGGAUAAAUUCUAGUGGAAAUCAAAAUUCAUCCGAUCAGAAAUUCAUUAAUGAAAUGUUAGAUCAGUUAAGAAAACAAAUUCGGAAACAAGAGUUGUUCUCAGAAAAAAUUCAGAAGAAUUUAUACGAUUUAGAACGUUAUGCAUCGAGCCGUAAUAUUUCAUUGAUAUUGCGUUGUUUAGUUGAAAUUUUAUCGCAAAUUCGACCAUUAAAUGUUCAUGAGAUUGAACGACUUGUUAGCAAAGCUAAAAAUGCAGCGAAAUUAAUUGCUGGCAAAGAUAUAAUAUUGUUGAUUGGAGAAACUGGAACUGGAAAAUCAACGACAAUACAGUUUCUCAGUGGUUCAAAAAUGAAAAAGACGAAAGUUGAAGUUGAGUCAGGAAAAUUCUUAGAACAUAUAACGAUUGAUGGACCGAUUAAAAAUCCUGACUUGAUAGAUGUAACAAGUAGUGCUUUACGUAAAUCAGAAACACGAUAUAUUGCACCAGUAACAAUUCCAUUACGAGAUAUUUAUGGUGCACAUGAAUACGGAGAAAUAAUUCUAUGUGAUGCACCAGGUUUUGAUGAUCCAGCGGGUCCAGAAGUUGAUAUUGCGAAUGGAGUUGGUGUUAUUGAAGCAUUGAAAGGUUGUAAAAGUGUGAAGAUUCUUGCUCUCUCAAGUUAUAAGAGUUUAGGCGAUCGAGGACAAGGUAUUCAAAAACUUGCUCAUCUUUUGAUUAAUAUGAUACAUGGAAUUCAAGAGAGGUUAAGUGCCAUUUUUUAUGCUUUUACUAAAUAUCCAUCAAAUAUUGAUAUAUCAGCAUUGUUAAGUGAAAUUAAAAACAUUAAAGUUAAUAAUGAUCCAUGGUUACGAUCAGACAGUGCAUUUGUAACUGUAUUAACAGAUAUGAUUAAUAAAACAAAACAUGGUGCUGAAAUUAUUGAUCCUCUUCGUGGAGAUCCAAAAACUCUUGUUGAAAGAUUAAAACAUUUACGUGGUAUUAUGUAUCCUUCCGAAGUUUUUCAAUUUUCAAUUAGUUCAGAAACUCAUUCAUGCGUUGCCAAUCAAUCACAACAAGAUAAUUUAAGUGUUAAAUGUGCAUUAAAACAUAAAGAUAUUGAUCUUGUUUUACAUUAUUUAGAUAAAUUAAAAGCAUUAAAAGAUUUACUUGAUGUUAGUAUAGUUCGAGAUUCAUAUGAAGAUGCAAUAAGAACAGUAAAAGAAACUUUAACAAAUUUUUGUACAGAAAUAACAAAAAAAUUUAAUCGUUCAUUAGCAAGUCAAGAUGGUUUAAAAGAAGAAGAUAUUAAUGAAUAUAAAUAUGCAAUUGAAUAUUUUAAAAAUAGUCAAAAACUAAACAAACAUUUUGAAGAAGAUCAGUUAUCACCUGAAUCAUUAAUACAAAAUAUGAUUAAUGAAAUUCAAAAGAGAAAUGAACUUCUCAUCGAAGAACAAUUAUCAAGUUUUUUAAUUGGAAUUCAUCUUAAUAAUCUUCUUGUUUUAAAAAACUCAUUUCAACAAAUUAAACCAUUAUAUAAAAAAAUUUGUCAAAACUUUCAAGAACGUUUGGAAAAACUGAUUGAACCAGCUAAUGAACUAAUUAAAACCAAUGAACUCGAUAAAAUUGCAGAUUUCAUUUUACAAAUAUCAAAAUGUAUACCAACGUUAGGUAAACAUUUAAAUAAUUUAGUUGAAGAUAAAUAUAAAUAUGUUGUUGAAUCGCUUUUACAAUAUUUAUCGAGUUUCCAGGAAAAAUCUCAGUUAGUUUUAGCUAAACCGAGCUUAAAUGAAAGUGAAAUUAAUAUAGUUAAAAAUGCAGUUAGUGUAUUAGGAUUAGCGAAAGGAAACGCUGUCUUACAAGAUAGUAUUUCGACUUAUAUUCAAAUAAUGAAUAAGGAAACUAAGAAUAUAAAAAAUUUAAACGAAAUGUAUAAUUUAUUAAUUGAUAAUAUUAUCAAUUAUUUUAAUCAAAUAAAUGAUCGUAUAAAUCAAUUGUUCCAACUCCAUGGAGAUUGUGCACUAGACGAUACAGAAAUCUUAAUUAGUGAUAUGGAUGCAAUUCGAACAAUCGAAGAAAUUGAUUCAAAAACAGUUGGAAUUUAUUAUCGUACAAUUGAAUUUAUACGUGGACAUAUGACUCAAAUUCAAAGAGAAGUUCAAGAUUUAUUAACAUCAAUUGAAUCACAAAAAGAAACACCAAAUUAUACAAAAAUAGCACGAUUGUUAUCACGUAUAAAUAAUGCUAAAUGGAUGAAUCGUUUAAGUCCAGGUUCAUAUGAUAUUUCAAUAAGACGUAUUACAGAAGAAUUCACUCACUAUUUUUAUGAAUUAGAAGACCGUCUAAAGAAAUUAGAUCUAAGCAUGAAAUAUCCAGAAAAUAUUCUUAUCGCGCAAGAAAUAUUUGAUAAACUUGAUUCACUAAGUGUACUUGAUCGUUUUGUACCUGAAUUGAAGAAUUCGAAAGAUUUGAUGAUUCAACGUUUUCUUGACAAUGUUCAGAAUAAUUUUGAUCGUAUGCAAAAGAAAUUACAAUUACAAGAUAUCGAUAUUUAUCAAAGGAAACAAGACUUGAUUAAACUUGAACAAACAAAACAUGAUUAUGAAAAUUUGCAUCCAGCAAAUGUUCUUCUACAACAAAAUAAUUAUCCUGAUAUUAAUAAAUUAGAUCAAGAAAUAAAAGAUCUUGAAAAUAAACGAGAUAAAGAACUUGAACAUCAAAAUGAAAGAAAAUCAAAUAUUGAAAAAGAAUUAAAUAACUUAAAAUCAAAUUCAAAUUCCAGUAAACAAGAAAUCAAUAAAAUUCAAGAACGUCUUUCGAUUCAAUUAGAUAUUAUUCAUGAUUUAGAAAAUAAACAUAAAAAUAUUUCAGCUCCAUUUUUAUCAAUUAAAAAUCAAUAUGAAACUUUAAUAACAACUCAUAAUUCAGUUACAGACGAACAAUUAAAACUUCUUCAACGUAGAAAAUAUGAUAAUAUUGAAUCGUUAAAUAAUAUUAUUAAUCAAAAGAAAAAUGAAAUCAAUAAACAUCAAAACAAUCCACGAACAUAUCAUUUUAAUGAUCGAUUUGAUGCCGCAACAGCCGAUAUUGCAUUGGUAUAUACAAGUAACUGUGAAAAAAUAGCAAAUAUUCGUCUUAAAGAAAUGGGAGCUGAUAUUCAUACAACUUUAGCUAAAUAUAUAAAAGAAUAUGGAAUAUUCCUGAAUAACGAUAUUGAACGAUCAUAUAAAUUUAUCAUAAUGAAUUCUUCACAAGAAAAUCUUUCAGAAGAUUUAGAAAAACGUUUAGAACAACUUGUUUCAUUAAGUGAGUAUAAAAAUGUUUUUAAAUAUAUUGAUGGAAAUAAAAAACUUAAUCAUUGGCGUCGAAAAUUUCAAGAACAAUAUCAUUCAAGCUUAAGUCGAAUAGAAAAUUGUAAAACAUUAGAAAACUAUGAUGAUUUACAUAAAGAAUUGAAUAUUGUACAAGGUCUAAUAAGUGUUGAUCAUUUCUGUAGUGGAAAUUUUUUAACCGACGGUUUUGGAGCUUUAUAUCGAAUUAAUCAAAUAGAAACAACUAAAAAUAGAAAGAAUCGUAUAAAAUAG